AGCUUCCACCACAGUUCCUCUCCCCGCCUUCUCCCUCAUUCUUUGGCAGCUCCGCGGAGGACUUACACACUUUCCCGGUUCCUCAGGCAACUCCUCGCCGCCCGCUUUCCUUCGGAGACUACGGGGUUUUACCUUCAAUCCUUCCGGUUAUCGUUUACGAGCGGACACAAUUAUCUGCCAUUAAAGCCGGAAAUACAACAUUGUUGUCCCCCGGUACACCGGUCCUAUUCGGGAAGAGCAACAGCCUGGAAGACAACAGUGAGGUAAACAAGUAGCACAUCCCACUGCAGUCAUGGAUGAGAUGGACCUGCCCCAGAUGAAGAAGGAGGUGGAGAGCCUCAAGUAUCAGCUGGCCUUCAAAAGAGAGAAGUCCUCCAAAACAGUGACAGAUUUGGUGAAGUGGAUAGAGGACGGCGUCCCUGAGGAUCCCUUCUUGAACCCCGAGCUAAUGAAGAACAACCCGUGGGUGGAGAAAGGAAAGUGCAUCCUUCUGUAGGAGGAUGGCGACCGGCCUGACGUUCCCUUCCAACCGACCCCCUGACCCCAGGACCUCUCAGCAUGAAUGUACAACACACGCCCCGACAAGGCCUCACCGAACACACUUUUGCCUGACCGCCACUCUUUCACUCAGUCAAUGUACGCCAUCGGUGCUCCACCUCGUCCGCCAAUACCACGACUCCACUGCGCUUUUGCAAUUACCGACGACACGCUUUCUUUGAAUUCACGGGUGAUGGGCAACAUCCUCACGGUUGACUCAGCUCGAUACAGGCGUUUGUUACCCACUCUUUGUAUUCUCCCAAAUAAACUCUUUAAUUAGGUGGUUGACAUAACAAUGCCUUAAAGUCGCUCAUGGUCAUGAUGCAUUCAGAUAACAUUUGAAGACAUUGUGACUUCUUUUUCUUAAAUACAUUUAAAUGACUACUUGCUCGUCAUUGUACACCACGGAUGUUUGUACCUCUGGCCGUUUAAACGUCUUAUGUAUUUAAAGACACUUUGUUUCAGGUCACAAAGCGUUUAAAAACCCUCUUUAUCUUAUCUCAGACAUUUUUGUCAGUUUAUGUUGAGCCUUUUCUGCAGACAAGAAUCUAAAAUGAAAAAAAGCGGGCUGAUAUUGCGUGGUACGACUCGAAACACGCCUGGGCUUGAACCCACAGCUCCCGUCUGACUGCGAGUCGAGCAUGCGAGCCGGCUCAUUGACCGGCGGGGCUCUUGAGGUGUUGGGGAGUGUGGUUUACUUUUGGUGGUAGCACACAGCUUAGCUGUUAGCUGUACCUAUUAACCCGCCCGUUCUUUCCACCCGGCAAUAUCGACGUAACACAUCCUGUAGACAGUGAAGUCAGGCCUUCACAAUAAAGCACGGCAGUAAAAAUUAACAGCGUAAUUUCCCUUAUUUUCACACUUAUUUUGAAAUAAAAAUUAUAUGUAUUUUAACUUUCAUGGAAAAAAAAUCCUCUUGGGCAACAUUGACCGCACUUCUACUGUAGCCAGGGAAGUCAGGCCUUCACAAUAAAGCACGGCAGUAAAAAUGAACAGCGCUUUCCGGAAAAUGUCCCUUAUUUUCACACUUAUUUUGAAAUAUAAAUUAUAUGUAUUUUAACUUUCAUGGAAAAAAAUCCUCUUGGGCAACAUUGCCGUCACUUCUAAUGUAGCCAGGGAAGUCAGGCCUUCACAAUAAAGCACGGCAGUAAAAAUGAACAGCGUUUUCCAGAAAAUUUCCCUUAUUUUCACACUUAUUUUGAAAUAAAAAUGAUAUGUAUUUUAACUUUCAUGGAAAACAAUCCUCUUGGGCAACAUUGGCGUCACUUCUACUGUAGCCAGUGAAGCCAGACCUUCACAAUAAGGCACGGCAGUAAAAAUGAACAGCGUUUUCCGGAAAAUUUGCCUUAUUUUCACACUUAUUUUGAAAAAAAAAAUUAUAUGUAUUUUAACUUUCAUGGGAAAAAAAUCCUCUUGGGCAACUUUGGUGUCACUUCUACUGUAGCCGGGGAAGCCAGGCCUUCACAAUAAAGCACGGCAGUAAAAAUUAACAGCGUUUUCCGGAAAAUUUCCCUUAUUUUCACACUUAUUUGGAAAAAAAAUUAUAUGUCUUUUAACUUUCAUGGAAAAAAAUCCUUUUGGGCAACAUUGCCGUCACUUCUACUGUAGCCAGGGAAGUCAGGCCUUCACAAUAAAGCACGGCAGUAAAAAUGAACAGAGUGUUCCUGAAAAUGUCUCUUGUUUUCACACUUAUUUUGAAAUAAACAUUAUAUGUAUUUUACCUUCCAUGGGGGAAAAAAUCCUCUUGGGCAACAUUGGCGUAACAUAUACUGUAGCUAGUGAAGCCAGACCUUCACAAUAAAGCACAGAAGUAAAAAUUCACAGAGUUUUCCGUAAAAUUUCCCUUAUUUUCACCUUUAUUUUGAAAUAAACAUUAUAUGUAUUUUAACUUUCAUGGGGGAAAAAAUCCUCUUGGGCAACAGUGGCGUAACAUAUACUGUAGCCAGUGAAGUCAGGGCUUCACAAUAAAGCACGGUAAAAAUGAACAGAGUUUUCCGGAAAAUUUCCCUUAAUUUCACCUUUAUUUUGAUAUAAAAGUCAGGCUUUCACAAUAAAGCAUGUCAGUAAAACAAAACAUAAAUGUCCUAAAUUUGCUGUAAUUUCUACCCUUAUUUACCCCUUUAUUAUUUUGAAAUGCAAAUGAUACAGGAAAUAAAAUCCUCUCGGGAACCAUCUGCAUAACACAUCCUGUAGCCACUAAAGUCAGGCCUUCAGAAUAAAGCAAGGCAGUGAAAAUAACCACAGAGUUUUCCGGAAAAAUUCCCUUGUUUUCACCUUUAUUUUUAAAUGAAAAUGAUAUGUAUUUUAACUUUCAUGAAAAAAAAAAAUCCUCUUGGGCAACAUUGGCGUAACAGAUCCUUUAACCAGCGAAGUCAAGCUUUCAAAAUAAAGCACGGCAGGAAAGUUACCACAGUGGAAAGACCAAAAUGUCCUGGAAAAUGUCCCCAUUAUUAUUCUGUAAUGCCUAUAAUAUUUAUUGUGACUUUCAUGGAGAAAAAAUUAUCUCGAGGAACAUUGGCGUGACAUGCUGUAGUUAGUAAAGCCAGGCCUUCAAAAUAAAGCAUGUCAGUAAAAUAACCACAGAGGAAAAAAUUGAAAUUUUCCGGAAUUUUUACCCUUAUUUACCCCUUUAUUAUUUUGAAAUGCAAUUGAUACAGGAAAUAAAAUCCUCUCGGUCACCAUCAGCAUAACGCAUCCUGUACCCACUAAAGUCAGGCCUUCAGAAUAAAGCGAGGCAGUGAAAAUAACCACAGAGUUUUCCGGAAAAUUUACCUUAUUUUGAAAUUUUUUUAUCUUGGGCAACAUUGGCGUAACAUAUACUGUAGCCAGUAAAGUUUGGCCUUGAAAAUAAAGCAGGCCAGUAAAAAAAUAAAUAUGGAAAGACCUCCAUUUUCCUUAUUUCCCCCCUUUCUAUUUUUAAAGACAAUGAUUUGUAUUUUAACUUUCAUGAAACUCCAGCACCCCCCGCCAUCCCGAGAGGGACAAUCCGUAGAAAAAUGGAUGGAUGGAUGGAAAAAACAUUCUGUGGCCAGUGAAGUCAAGCCUUCACAAUAAAGCGCGGCAGUAAAACAACCACGUGGAAAGACCUAAAUUUCCCUAAUUUUACAGAAAUGUUCCAUUAUUUUGAAACUUAUUUUAACUUUCAUGAAAAAAAAAAAUUGGCGUAACACAUCCUGUUGCCAGUAAAAUCAGGCCUUCAAAAUAAGGCACGCGGGUAACAUAACCAAAGUGGAAAGACCGGAAUUUUGCUUAUUUUUCCUAAUUUCUCGGAAAAUUCCCUUUAUUUUCCCCGUUAUUAUGUUGAAACGCAAAUAUUGGCAGGUAUGAGCUAAGCUAGCGUACAAGACAAAAAAAAUUCCCUGCCUAGAAUAUUUGACCAAACAACAAAAUCCUUCGCCCGCACUUAAAAGUUGCUAAUGUUUAGACACGUUUUACAGCUUUGCUUUUGAAGCAUGUUUUUCCUAUUUACCAUAACUUGGCAUGUUGUUGUUCUUUAGUGUCAUUAGACUGGAGUGUGUGUGUUUGUUGUUGCUCCCGCUCUCUGGAGGGGUUUUUACUUCCCCCCACACCCCCAUCCUUACUGACACUCCCUAGGGACCACGCAAACACACAAUCAUUGUACAAACACUCCUAAACCCCUUUGACUUAUGAAUCACUUACUUUAUUUAUUUUAUUUAUUUAUUUAUUAGAACUGUUUUCCUGUGAUACGUUUCUGUCCCGAUAUUUAUUCCGAUUAUUAGCGUCUACAAAUGCAACACUUUGUCAGAUCAACAACUGCCUUGGACACAGUUCCCUUAAAACCAGACUGUCAAUAUUUGGAGGUGUGAACACUGCAUGAGUUGAACAUGGCAGAUGGUCACACACACACACACACGCGCGGACACACACACAUCAGCAGAACACACACGCUGCUUGGUAGGAAAGGUGAUGAAGUAGGACGACAUGGGGAACCUCACGUCAUCUCAGUACUGUAAUGACUCUCAUUAUAUUGGCUCACCACCGCCCCACCACCCCCAAGGCUUAUUCUGUAAUUGGGUGACUUUUGUACACUGCAGAUAUUUAAAUGAACUUACCUUAGUUGCUCUAUGACGUGCUAAUGAAUUCAUGUUUGCCAACUCAUCAAACAUGCAUAGAACAGCACUUCUGCUCCUUGGAAACAUUUGACCAAUCAGAUACUGCUUGUUCCCUUUCAUUCAGAUCUUUGUGUCCUCAGUCCCUCACACCUGGACUGUCCAGGUUGUCUUAGAAGAUGUUCCGCCUCUCAUCCGGCUAGAUAGGACGGUUCUAGUCUGACUGAUGUCUGACUAGAUAGGACAUCUGUAGUCUGACUACAUAGGUCAGCCCCAGUCUGACUGUUGCCUGACAAGAUAGAACAUCUGUAGUCUGACUAGAUAGGUCAACCCCAGUCUGACUGUAGUCCGACAAGAUAGGACAGCUCUAGUCUGACUUGUCUGACUAGAUAGAACCGCCCUAGUCUGACUAUUGUCUGACUAAAUAGAACAUCUGUAGUCUGACUAGAUAGGUCAACCCCAGUCUGACUGUAGUCUGACAAGAUAAAACAUCUCUAGUCUGACUAGGUAGGUCAGCCCCAGUCUGACUGUUGUCUUAAAGGUAGGACGGCUCUAGUCUGACUAGAUAGGAGAGUGCCAGUGUGACUAUUGUCUAACUUGAUAGAUCAUCUGUAGUCUGACUACAUAGGUCAGCCCCAGUCUGACUGUUGCCUGACAAGAUAGAACAUCUGUAGUCUGACUAGAUAGGUCAACCCCAGUCUGACUGUAGUCUGACAAGAUAGGACAGCUCUAGUCUGACUUGUCUGACUAGAUAGAACCGCCCUAGUCUGACUAUUGUCUGACUAGAUAGAACAUCUGUAGUCUGACUAGAUAGGUCAACACCAGUCUGACUGUAGUCUGACAAGAUAAAACAUCUCUAGUAUGACUAGAUAGGUCAGCCACAGUCUGACUGUUGUCUUAAAGGUAGGACGGCUCUAGUCUGACUAGAUAGGAGAGUGCCAGUGUGACUAUUGUCUAACUUGAUAGAUCAUCUGUAGUCUGACUACAUAGGUCAGCUCCAGUCUGACUAUUGUCUGACUAGAUAGGUCAGCCCCAGUCUGACUGCUGUCUGACAAGAGAGGAUGGCUCUAGUCUGACUAUUGUCUGACUAGAUAGGAGAGUGCCAGUGUGACUAUUGUCUGACUAGAUAGGACCGCUCUAGCCUGACAUGUCUGACUAGAUGGAACAUCUCUAGUCUGACUAUUGUCUGACUAGAUAGGACAUCUGUAGUCUGACUACAUAGGUCAGCCCCGGUCUGACUGUUGUCUGACAAGAUAGGACAGCCCUAGUCUGACUUGUCUGACUAGAUGGAACAUCUCUAGUCUGAUUAUUGUCUGACUAGAUAGAACUUCUGUAGUCUGACUACAUAGGCCAGCCCCACUUUGACUGUUGUCUGACAAUAUAGAACAUCUCUAGUCUGACUUGUCUGACUAGAUGGAACAUCUCUAGUCUGACUAUUGUCUGACUAGAUAGAACUUCUGUAGUCUGACUACUGUACAUAGGUCAGCCCUAGUUUGACUGUUGUCUGACAAUAUAGAACAUCUUUAGUCUGACUAGAUAAGUCAGUCCCAGUCUGACUGUUUUCUGACAAGAUAGGACCGCACUAGCCUAACUUGUCUGACUAGAUGGAACAUCUAUAGUCUGACUACAUAGGUCAGCCCCAGUCUGACUGUUGUCUGACAAGAUAGAAAAUCUCUAGUCUGACUAGAUAGGUCAUCCCCAGUCUGACUGUUGCCUGACAAGAUCCUCUGUGCCGAGGAUGUCGUUGUGGCUUGUGCAGCCCUUUGAGACACUUGUUAUUUAGGGCUAUAUAAAUAAACAUUGAUUGAUUGAUUGAUUGAAGAUUGGACAGCUCUAGUCUGACUUGUCUGACUAGAUAGAACAUCUGUAGUCUGACUAGAUAGGUCAACCCCAGUCUGACUGUUGUCUGACAAGAUAAAACAUCUCUAGUCUGACUAGAUAGGUCAGCCCCAGUCUGACUGUUGUCUGACAAGAUAGGACGGCUCUAGUCUGACUAUUGUCUGACUAGAUAGGAGAGUGCCAGUGUGACUAUUGUCUGACUUGAUAGAACAUCUGUAGUCUGACUACAUAGGUCAGCUCCAGUCUGACUAUUGUCUGACUAGAUAGGUCAGCCCCAGUCUGACUGUUGUCUGACAAGAUAGGAUGGCUCUAGUCUGACUAUUGUCUGACUAGAUAGGAGAGUGCCAGUGUGACUAUUGUCUGACUAGAUAGGACCGCUCUAGCCUGACUUGUCUGACUAGAUGGAACAUCUCUAGUCCGACUAUUGUCUGACUAGAUAGGACAUCUGUAGUCUGACUACAUAAGUCAGCCCCAGUCUGACUGUUGUCUGACAAGAUAGGUCAGCUCAGUCUGACUGUUGUCUGACUAGAUAGGACAGCUCCAUUGUGACUAUUGUCUGACUAGAUAGGACAGUCAAAGUCUGAAUGUUGUCUGACUAGAUUAGGCAACUCUAGUCUGACAAGAUAGGUCAGCCCCAGCCUGGCGGUUGUCUGACUAGAUAAAAUCACUCCAGGGUCAUUAUUGUCUGACUAGAUAAGACAGCUCUCGUCUGACUACUGUCUGACUAGAUAAGGCAUCUCUAGUCUGACUAGAUAGGCCAGCCCCAGUCUGACCGUUGUCUGACUAGAUAGGACAGCGCUAGUAUGACCAUCGUCUGACUAGAUAGGACAGCGCUAGUAUGACCAUUGUCUGACUCAAUAGGACAUCUCUAGUUUGACUAAAUAGGUCAGCCCCAAUAUGACCGCUGUCUGACUAGGUAGGACAACUCCCGUCUGACUAUAGUCUGCCUAUAUUAGACAGCUCCAUUCUGACUAUUGUUUGACUAAAUUGGACUGCUACAGUUCGACUAUUGUUUGACUAGAUAGGGCAGCUGUAGUCUAACCAUUGUCUGACUAGAUACGACAACCCUAGUCUGACUAUUUCCUAAAAAAAUAGGACAGCACUUGUCUGACUAUUGUUUGACUAGAUGGGGCACCUCUAGUUUGACUAGAUUGGUCAGCCCCAGUUUGACUGUUGUCUGGCUAGCUAGGACAGCUCUAGUGUGACUAUUGUCUGAAUAGAUAGGACAGUUCUAGUCUGACUAUUAUCUAACAAGAAUGGACAGCUGUCAUCUGACUAGAUAAGACAGUCCCAGUUUGACUAGAUAGGACAGCUCCAGUCUUACUUUUGCCUGACCAGAUUGGACAGCUGUCGUCUGACUAUUGUAUGAAUAGAUGGGACAGCUCGUCUGACUAGAUAGGACAGCCUUAGUCCGACUAUUGUCUGACUAGAUAGGACAUCUCUAGUCUGACUAGAUAGGACAGAUCUAGUCUAAUAUCGUCUGACUAAACGGGACAGCUGUAGUCUGACUAUUGUCCGACUAGAUAGGACAGCUUUAGUCUAAUAUCGUCUGACUAAUCGGGACAGCUGCAGUCUGACUAUCGUCUGACUAGAUCGGACAGAUGUAGUCUGACUAUUGUCUGGCUAGAUAAAACAGCUCGAGUCUGAUAUCAUCGGACUAAAUAGUACAUCUGUAGUCUUACUAUUGUCUGACUAGAUAGGUCAGCCCCAGUCUGACUGUUGUGUGACUAGAUAGGGCAGCAUUAGUUUAACUAUUGACUGACUAGAUACAACAGUUUUAAUCUGACUAGUUAGGACAGCUGUAGUCUGACUAUCGUCUGACUAUAUACGACAGCUGUAGUCUGACUAUUGCCAGACUAGAUACGACAGCUUUAAUUUGACUAAAUAGGACAGCUGUAGUCUGACUAUCGCCUGACUUGAUACGACAGCUUUAAUCUGACUAGAUACGACAGCCAUAGUCUGACUAUUGUCUGACUAGAUAAGACAGAUUUAGUCUAAUAUCGUCUGAAUAAACGGGAUGGCUCUAGUCUUGACAAUCGUCCGACUAGAUAGGACAGCUCUCGUCUAAUAUUGUCUGACUAAUCGGGACAGCUCUAGUCUGACUAUUGUCUGACUAGAUACGGCAGCUCUAGUCUAAUAUCAUCUGACUAGAUAGUACAACUGUAGUCUUACUAUCGCCUGACUAGAUAGGACAGCUUUAAUCUGACUAGAUAGGACAGCUGUAGUUUAACUAGAUAGGGCAGCUUUAUUCUGACUAGAUAGGACAGCUGUGGUCUGACUGUAGCCUGACUAGAUAGGACAUCUUUAAUCUGACUAGAUAGGACAGCUGUAGUCUGACUAUCGCCUGAUUAGAUAGGGCAGCUUUAAUCUGACUGGGUAGUACAGCUGUAGUUUUACUAUCGCCUGACUAAAUAGGACAGCUUUAAUCAGACUAGUUAGGACAGCUGUAGUCUGACUAUCGCCUGACUAGAUAGGACAGCUUUAAUCACACUAGAUAGUACAGCUGUAGUCUGACUAUUGUCUGACUAGAUAGGACAUCUUUAACCUGACUGGAUAGGACAGCUGUAGUCUGACUAGAUAAAACAGCUGUAGUCUUACUAUCGCCUGACUAGAUAGGACAGCUUUAAUCUGACUAGGUAGUACAGCUGUAGUCUUACUAUCGCCUGACUAGAUUGGACAUCUUUAAUCUGACUGGAUAGGACAGCUGCAGUCUGACUAUCGCCUGACUAAAUAGGACAGCUUUAAUCUGACUAGAUAGGACAGCUCUAAUCUAAUAUUGUCUGACUAAUCAGGACUAAUCCAUCUGUAGUCUGACUAGAUAGGACAGCUGUAGUCUGACUAUCGCCUGACUAGAUAGGACAUCUUUAAUCUGACUAGAUAGGACAGCUGUAGUCUGACUACCGCCUGACUAGAUAGGGCAUCUUUAAUCUGACUAGGUAGUACAGCUGUAGUCUUACUAACGCCUGACUGGAUAGGACAGCUUUAAUCUGACUAGAUAGGACAGCUGUAGUCUGACUAUUGUCUGGCUAAAUAGGACAGCUUUAACCUGACUAGAUAGGACAGCUGUAGUCUGACUAUUGUCUGACUAGAUCGGACAGCUUUAACCUGACUAGAUAGGACAGCUGUAGUCUGACUAGAUAAAACAGCUGUAGUCUGACUAUCGCCUGACUAGAUAGGGCAGUUUUAAUCUGACUAGGUAGUACAGCUGUAGUCUUACUAUCGCCUGACUAGAUAGGAUAGCUUUAAUCUGACUAGAUAGGACAGCUGUAGUCUGACUGACUAUCGUCUGACUAGAUAAAACAGCUGUAGUCUGACUAUCGCCUGACUAGAUAGGGCAGUUUUAAUCUGACUAGGUAGUACAGCUGUAGUCUUACUAUCGCCUGACUAGAUAGGACAGCUUUAAUCUGACUAGAUAGGACAGCUGUAGUCUGACUGACUAUCGCCUGACUAGAUAGGACAGCUGUAGUCUGACUAUCGCCUGACUAGAUAGGACAGCUUUAAUCUGACUAGAUAGGACAGCUCUAAUCUAAUAUUGUCUGACUAAUCGGGACAGCUCUAGUCUUGACUAUUGUCUGACUAGAUACGGCAGCUCUAGUCUAAUAUCAUCUGACCAAAUAGUACAGAUGUAAUCUUACUAGCGCCUGACUACAUAGGACAGCUUUAAUCUGACUAGAUAGGACAGCUGCAGUCUGCCUAUCGUCUGACUAGAUAGGACAGCUGUAGCAAAGUCAUGAACAUGUUCUAAGACAACCUAAACAGCAGGGGGGUGAAUCUUACAUCAAUCCACGAUUCAUUUCAAUUCCGAUUGGCGUGACGAUUCCAUUCAGGAUCCAUUCUGGAUCCAACGAGAAUCUCCAUUUCUAUACCCAUUAUUUGCUAGUAAACUUGUAGAAAUGGAUUCUAGCAGCCUCACUAAACCGUAACUUUCCACUUUUGGUUUCAUGUUGUUCCAAGUCAGCUGCUCGUGUCCAAAUGUAGCCAAGUGACGUCUUGCAUGACAAAAUACUCGGAAAGUACAAAAAGUGUCUGAGCUGCUUCCUGUUUGUCGCUUUUCCAGGGACCUAUGUGCUAAAACGUGGAUGUUCGGUUGCUACUCCAACAUUUGAACUGAACACACUUGUGUGCCACCACUGGAAACGCCUCUAAUGCCGUUUGUUUGACACGCUUUGUCUUUCUUCCGUACGACUCUUCAGUCCCUUUUCAUAUAACCUGCAAGUGUGUGUGUGUGUGUGUGGGUGUGUGUGUGUGUGUGUGUGUGUGUGUGUGUGUGUGUGUGUGUGUGUGUGUGUGUGUGUGUGUGUGUGUGUGUGUGUGUGUGUGUGUGUGUGCGUGUGUGUGUGUGUGUGUGUGUGUGUGUGUGUGAUGUUUCUUCGAUUGCAGCGUCAGCAUUAACCCGUGCGAGUCCGCCUAGUUAGCCGCAAUUCCCUUGUGAGAGUGCUGGGGAGUUCCUAUUAUGCAUCGUGUGUAAAGAAGACAAGCAAUAAAUUCAAGAUCAUUUUGUUUUGGAUUUUUUGCAAAAACAUUUAUCUUAAUAAAGUAGAAGAUUUUGA